AAAAUUCAACGAUUAUGCUAAAAGUGGAACCCUGAAUUUACCUUACCAUGUGCUGAUUUCGUGAGGUUUUUUAAACUUUCAAGAUGUCAACUAAGUGACAAUUGUUAACAUUCUUUGUACCUUAAAAAUUUUUAGUGUUUUAUAACAAAUCUAUUUAUGUUUCUUUAAAAAUGACAGUUACGUGCUCUGCAAAGUGUGGCAAACAAGCGGUUUUGAAGAGGCCAAAAACAGGAAAUGCUCUUUGUAAAGAGUGCUUCUUCCGUGCCUUUGAAUCAGAAGUCCACAAUACAAUAAUUAAUGGCAAUUUAUUUAAAACUGGCGAUAAAGUUGCAAUCGGUGCAUCCGGAGGAAAGGACUCAACAGUUCUUGCAUACGUCUUAAAAUUAUUGAACGAGAAGUACAAUUAUGGACUCGAUCUUUUUCUCUUGUCAAUCGACGAGGGAAUAACUGGCUACAGAGACGACAGUUUAGAAACGGUGAAGAAAAAUAGGGAUGACUAUGAUAUGCCUCUAAAAAUUCUAUCCUACAAAGAUCUCUACGGAUGGACAAUGGAUGAAAUUGUGAAAGAGAUAGGUCGUAAAAAUAAUUGCACAUUUUGUGGGGUUUUUCGUCGUCAAGCUCUAGAUCGUGGAGCCGCUCUUUUAGGAGUGAAUUGCAUAGCGACUGGUCAUAAUGCAGACGAUAUUGCCGAAACAGUUUUAAUGAAUGUUUUGCGAGGCGACAUUGCAAGACUUCAAAGAUGCACGUCCAUUGUAACAGCUAGUGAAGGCGCAAUCAGUCGAUGUAAACCACUAAAGUAUACAUACGAAAAGGAAAUAGUGAUGUACGCGUAUUUUAAGCGUCUUAUUUAUUUUUCAACCGAAUGUAUAUUCUCACCGAACGCGUAUCGAGGACACGCACGAACUUUAUUGAAAAAUUUAGAAAAAAUUAGACCUUCCAGUAUUAUAGAUAUAAUACACUCAGGUGAACGAUUACAAAUAAAAAAUACCGUGAAAUUUCCCGAGAGGCGAAAUUGUACCCGCUGUGGUUUUGUUUCCAGUCAAGAAAUAUGCAAAGCUUGUAUAUUGUUGGAGGGUCUAAAUCGUGGACUACCAAAACUUGGUAUUGGCAAAACGAAUAAAGUCAAACAAAUAAUGGAUUCAUCACCUUGUGACUUAACUGAAAAGAGGAAUCAAAUUAAAAAUUUCACCUUUUGAUUCCUUUUUUUCAAAAGAAAUUACGAAAAUAAAUUCGAAAAAAAGUGUAAACUCAACUGAAAAGAGGAAUCAAAUUAAAAAUUUCACCUUUUGAUUCCUUCUUUCAGAAAAAAUUGUGGAAAUAAAUUCGAAAAAACAGAAAAAUUCAUGUAAAUAAUGUAUGUAAAAUAAAUAUAUAAUUUACCUUCUAGUA